GUAAAUCCAGAUCCAUUAUAAAAGGUCUGGUCAGCUCCUUCUCAGGCACCUUUCUCAGCUCAGCUCUCUUCGAUACCUGGACCCAGAGGAGGACCGCUCAACGUGAUGCUUCUCUCCCAAACACUCUGCCUGUGCUUGGCACUAGCACUCAGCUAUGCUGCUCCAACGAUCCAUGAUGUAAUGAUGUCAGACCACGACCACGACCACCACGAGGAUCAGGUCCACCACAACGCCAACCCAGACCGGUGUGACGGCAUCGAGUUUGACGCCAUCGCCCCCGACGAGAAAGGACACACCUUCUUCUUCAAGGGGGAUCACCUGUGGAACGGCUUCAGUGGUCAAGCUCAGGUCUCCAGUGCCUUCUUCAGGGAGCUAGAUGACUACCAUCACCUGGGGCAUGUUGACGCUGCCUUCCGCAUGCACAACAGAGAAAAACAUGAAACACAUGAUCACAUCUACUUUUUCCUGGACGACAAGGUUUUCAGCUACUAUAACCACAGUCUGGAGGAGGGCUACCCCAAGGACAUCCAGCUGGACUUCCCAGGGGUGCCCAGCCACCUGGACGCUGCGGUGGAGUGUCCCAAGGGAGAGUGUAACUCAGACUCUGUCCUAUUCUUCAAGGGAGAAGAAGUGUACAACUAUGACAUCGUCACGCAGUCAGUAAAGGAGAGACAGUGGGCCCACCUGCCCAACUGUACGUCUGCCUUCCGUUGGCUAGAGCAAUACUACUGUUUCCAUGGUCACAACUUCACCCGGUUCCACCCUGUAUCUGGGGAGGUGAAUGGUGUGUACCCUAAGGACUCCAGGCACUACUUCAUGAGGUGCCUCAAUUUCGGCCAUGGCGGUGAGGCAAAGGUUCCCAAAUGCAGUGAAGUUACAUUGGAUGCCAUCACCUCAGACGACUCAGGCAAAACCUAUGCCUUCACUGGUCAUAAUUAUAUGCGUCUAGACACCCAUCGUGAUGGUAAACAUACCUUCCCCAUUGCCAGAACCUGGAAUGAAGUGACCAACGGCGUGGACGCAGUCUUCUCAUACAAUGACAAGAUCUACAUUAUCAAGGGCGACCAAGUUUACAUCUACAAAUCAGCAGCUCCCUCCACUCUGAUUGAGGGCUACCCUAAAAGCCUGAAUGAGGAGCUGGGCAUCGAAGGGCCUGUGAACGCAGCCUUUGUUUGUGCAAAUCAGCAUAUUGUGCACAUUAUUCAAGGACGGAUGAUGAAGGACAUUGACCUGUCUGCCACCCCUAGGGUAGUAGCCAGAGAGGCCCCACUGCCCAUCUCCGGCAUCGAGGCAGGCAUGUGUGGCCCUGAUGGAGUCAAAGUGUUUGUGGGCUCUGAGUACUACCACUACAAGACCCCCAGGCUCCUGGCUUUCAGCAGGAUACUCCAAGAGCCUAAAAACAUCACCCCAGACAUGAUGGGCUGUGUCGAAUAGGAGUCAGUUUAUGUUAGAUACCUUUUCGAAGAAUAACAACUGUGAUCAUCUGUUCUCAAUGGACAACAUCAAAAUGUAUAAUCACAUGUUAAAGUAACUGUCCAGUAAAGGUUUUCUGUUAACUCAUA